GUGGAAUAAACUAAUUUUACAAAAUAAUACAAAUGUAAAGAAAUUGGAAAAAUCAGGAAUUAAAUAGUUUUUUUCUUUUUGUUCCAGUUUUGUGUUUGUCAACAAUAAAUAUAACAAAUAAUGAACAGUUCAACGACAGAGAAUCGAUGUUCUACGAACAUCACUGAUAUACAGAUUACAAAAUGUAAAUAUUCAGAAAUUUUCCAACCAUUUCGUUUAACGUAUAAAAUGAAUAACGAAGAGCGUAAUUGGGACAUAAUCAAAACUGAAAAUAGGAUAGAUGUUUGCAUAUUUAAUACAACCACCAAAAAAUUAUUAUUAUGGAAAAAAUUCCGUCCAGGUGCAUAUUUAGUUAAAGCAUUUGGUAAAGAAUUACCGGAUGAAAGUACCAUAGAUCUACAAAAAUAUCCAAUUGAAUUAGGUUUAACAUAUGAAUUUUGUUCUGGAAGUGUUCAAAAUAAUCAGAGCAUCGAAAAUACAGUUGAAAGUUUAAUCGAAACAUGUACUGGAUACAAAGUUUCAUCGAAUAAUAUUGAAAAAGUUGUUACUUAUUGCUUUGAUACGUCACCAGCCGGAAAUCAAUCAACGUUUUUUUAUUGUGAAAUCAACAAUUCUAUGAAAGUUUCGCUAGGUGAAAAUUGUGAAGAUCUGGUGGAAUUAUCAAUUGAAGAAGUUAUGGAAUUAACUGCAGGAAAAUCUACAAUCAAUACCACCGACAAUCUACUAUUUGGUCUAAUAUGGUUUUUAUUAAAUAAGAAAGAAAAAUAUUCUAUAAAAUAGUAAAAAAUAAUUUUUAAAAUGUUACGUUCACAGUAUUCAACAAAAGCAAUUAUUUCUGGAUAUAAUUUACAUUUAUCCAAAAAUUAUCUGAUACCAAAAAUUAACUGUCCAAAAAAAGUGCACUAUUUGAAUAGUUUGUCAAAAUUAUAAACUAUUUCAGUAAAUAAAAACAUAUUU